GGCUCGGGAGGACUACGAGCAGGUUAGAAAUGGCAAAGGAUUAGUGGAUGGUAAUUUCAAAUGCAACAAUAUGCCCGUUUUGUUCUCCCUGUCCAGAUGUGUAAGGAGUAACCACGCAUUUCCUUUCUAAUACCAGUAUAUCUGCUGUUGAGCUGUGGAUAUGACGAGGUUUAUCAUCUGCUGGAAAUGUGCUGUGCUUUGUCUCUGAAAUUAAGUUUUCUCUUUUAAUUCAGUGAAAUCCCACUGGAACCUGGGUGCUGAGAAAACUGCAUUGAUUGUGCGAGGGACUCACUGCAUCUGACUUGAUGAAUUGCCAGAGAGUUGGUAGAGAACUCUGAGAAGGGAUUCUGUCAUUUAUCCCACCUGCAAACACCAGUGAAGCCACACUGGGAAGCGGCCGUUCACCUGCACAGAAAGUGGGAAGAGAUUCACUCAGCCAUUUGACCUGGUGGCACACCAGUCAGUUCACACGGGGCAAUGCCGUUCAUCUGCUCAGACUGUGGGAAGGGGUUUUCUCGGUCAUUUCAACUGAAAGUACAUCAGCGAAUUCACACUGGGGAGAGGCCGUUUACCUGCUCAGACUGUGGGAAGGGAUUCACUCGGUCAUCUCACCUACAGACACACCAGCGAGUUCACACUGAGGAGAGACCGUUCACCUGCUCAAACUGUGGGAAGGGCUUCACUCAGUCAUCCAACCUGCAGAGACACCAGCGAGUUCACACAGGAGAGAGGCCAUACAUCUGCUCUGAAUGUGGGAAGGGAUUCACACAGUCAUCUGACCUACUUGCACACCAGUCUGUUCACUCUGGGAAGAGACCAUUCACCUGCUCAGACUGUGGUAAGGGAUUCACUCGAUCAUCUGACCUACUGGCACACCAGUCAGUUCAUACUGAGGAAAAACCAUUCACCUGCUCAGACUGUGGGAAGGGGUUUCCUCGGUCAUCUCAACUGAAAUUACAUCAGCGAGUUCACAGUGGGGAGAAGCCAUUCACCUGCUCAGAUUGUGGGAAGCGAUUCACUCACUCAUCCAACCUGCAGACACACCAGCGAGUUCACACUGGGGAGAGGCCAUUCUCCUGCUCAGACUGUGGGAAGGCAUUCACUCAGUCGUCCCACUUACUGGCACACCAAUCAAUUCACACUGGGGAGAAACCAUUCACCUGCUCAGACUGUGGGAAGGGGUUUCCUCGGUCAUUUCAACUGAAGGUGCAUCAGCGAGUUCACACUGGAGAGAGGCCAUUUACUUGCUCUGAAUGUGGGAAGGGAUUCACUCAGUCAUCGAACCUUGUGACACACUACCGAGUUCACACUGGGGAAAAAAUUUAAAUAAGAUGUAAAUUGGAUAUUUAAUCAUCGCAGUUGCUGAAUCCAGAGGCAAGAUCAAGAGUGACUGCUGUUUUGAACUCUGUAAUUACUGCUGCUGCUCAUCACACCCAGUUCUGCACCCUAGAUACUGGGCAUGGGAGGAGUCUCUUCUGCUGGUGUUCACCUUUACUGGGCCUGGAGUUUAAGGUUUGGGAUCUGUGACAAAUAAAUCAGUUCUAUUUUAAUCUCUGUCUCAGGUACUUAGUGAAUCUACAACACACCCAGUGUACAUUUAGGGAGUUAACUCAAGCCUGUUGGUCCCUGCUUGUGUGUUUGUUCCACAGUUCUUUUCAACAUCCCUGCUGUUCACCUCUUGUUGUCCUUAUGGUGUUGGGUGCCAGUCACCCCUCUGUGAGUGAAGAGGUUUCCCAUGCACUUCCUGCAUGACUUUCUGCAGACUGAAGAAAAUGAGCUGACUGCAGUUAUAUCUGACGUGUUCUUCAGUCCUCUGGGCUCUUGGCCAAGGAGGAAUGACACGUGGUUAUUAACUUCCUUAUUCCCUAUUAAUUUCAAAAUGAUUGGUCAUUUUCACUGCUUCUGAGCGGCUGUGUCUCACACAGCUGGGUUGCUCGAAUAUACCACUAUCCCCUAAAAUCUGAAAGCAGAAUGGGGAAUUCAAUGGAGCAGGGUCAGAAAGCAACGAUGGUUCAGUACAGGACAAAGUUUGGGGCUCUGGACAGUGGUAGGGGUAAAGAGCAUAUAAGGAAGAGGAAUACAGAGCAUGGCAAUGAAUGACAGAGUAGUAACAUUUGGGGGAAAAAAAAGGGUUGACUUUGAUGUUGACACACACAGUGCCUGUUGACAUUGAGUAUAUUGCUUGUGGGAGCUUGCUGUGUUAAACUUGCUACUGAGUUCUCAUAAAACAUGUCUGGAUUGGUGCCUUUGGCAGAGGGGAGGCAAUGCUUGCAAACUCUUUCAAGGGACUAUUCUUAUCCAGAAAUCUGAGCUUCAGAACUUAACUAUCACUGCAAAUCGAGUGUGCAGGUGCCUGAAAUCCAAAGUUGUGCUGAUAGGCGUGCGUGUGUUCAGUGGACAAUAGCUUCUGGAAAAUGCUGCAGUGAACCUCCCAGGCACAGCUGAGUUCUUAAUAUUGAAAUCUAAGGAUUUGGGACUCUGACGAAAUAUAUAGUUCCAAGUUUAUCUCGCAUGAAGAACUUAUAAUGUAUCUUUCAGAUAAGUAGAUAACACAAUUUUCUACGAAUUGAAGUGGAACCUUGAGAACAGAUCUGAUGACCACAGCCUGGUUGAUAUCGGGAAUAGUUGUGACUGAGGCCUAAAAGAAAGAACUGGGUCCAACUUCCAGUGAAUUAACUUGUCAAUUAGAGCUGCAUGGGAUAAGCAAACUCCUUGCAUCACUUUUUGUUCUUCAGCAGGUCACCUUUAUUGAACAUCAUCUAGUUCUGGAUCCUUCUGCCAAGUGAGACCAUUGUUCAUUCUGUUCUGUCUGUGUGUAUAAUGACAAUGAGUACCACUGCUCUGGGUAACAAGUGGUCUCUAGAUUCCAUACCACAAACGUUCCACACGUUAACAAUCUGCAAAGAGAAAGUCUAGUCACCUACCCUUGACAUUCAUUGACAUUGUUAUUGCUGAAUUCACCACUCAAUCAGCUCAGGGUCACAGUGAUCAGACUCUUAGGAGCAGACGUAUAAAUACCAUGUGCUCAUAGUAGGGCAGUGGGACAUGUCCAGAGCUGUGGUGCUAUAGCAAUGGACAGAGACACACUGAGCCAAGUCACAGACAGCUGAAGGGCAGGCUUUUCCCACUCUGAUACAGGCAGGUAGGCAGCCAGGGAAUUUGAUGCCCAGUCCGGAUACCUGAACCGUGACAAGAUAGAAGGUGAGUAUCUGCUGUUUUGUUUUGAGCCAGUGUGAUGUCAGAGCUCACUUUGGGGACUAAAUCUCUCAUUUGAAAUGCUGUCCUUCACCCAUUAUAUGCCUUUUGUAGAAAAGGCAAAGGUUUGUGAAUGGCAAUCUCAAACACAACUCAUCUGUUCUGAGUGUGUCAGUUUACUAGCACUUGAAUAACAUUUGAUCUUUGUGGCGUUGGAGAUGCUGGAAAGAUAUCACACCAGUUCUAGCAAGUAGAACCCGGGCAUGUGUUCAGUGUAGGGUUGAAGGAGUGAAUAAAUAUUUCCUUUGUGACACUAGUAUAUAGUUGUCGAUCCAUGGAAAAGAAGGCACAUCUCAUCCCAGCUUGAAACGUGCAUCUGCUUUGUGUAACUUCUCUUUGAAACCCAUUGGAUCCAGGCUCCUGAGAACACACCAGCAUAUCUUCACUGGAGUUCAGAUACUCAUCUGCUUGAAGAAUGAGAGAGACUCACUGCAUCAUCUGACUUGAUGUUGCACUAGAGAGUUCAUAGCAAAGAAAAGUCAGUCACCUCUUCUGAGUCACAGAAACAGGCCCUUCAGCCCAUCUAGUCCACACUGAUCUAUUUAAGCUGCCUAGUCCCUUUUGACCUGCACCAGGUCUAAAGUAAUGCAUACCCGUACCAUCCAUCUAUUUAUCCAAACUUCUCUUAAAAGUUGAAAUUAAGCUCGCAUGCAUUAUGUUGGCAGUUCAUUCUAUGUUCUCAUGACCUUUUGAGUGGUGUUCCCUUAAACUUGACCUCCUGUUCCCCUAAAUGUUUCACCUUUCACCUUUCACCCUUAACCCAUGAGCUCUAGUUGUAGUCCAACUUGACAGUGGAAAAACCUUCCUUGCACUUGCUCUAUCUAUACCCCUCAUAAUUUUGUAUACCUAUUAAAUCUUCCCUCGCUGUUCUGUGUUCGAAGGAAUAAAGCGCUAACCCAUUCUAUUCUUCUUUUUCACUUGGGUGUUCAGAGCUGACAACAUUCUUGUCAAUUUUCUCUGUGCUUUUUCAACUUUAUUUAUAUCUUUCCUGCAGGUGGGUGACCAAUACUGCACAUAAUACACCAAAUUAGGCCUCGCCAAUGUCUUACACAAUUUUCAACAUAACAUCCAAACUCCUGUACUCAAUACAUUGGGCCAUUGUGUUAAAACCUUUCUUUAUGAUGCUAUUGAACUGUGACACCACUUUCAAUGAAUUAUGGACCUGUUCUACCGCACUCCUUAGUGUCCUACCGUUCACUGUGUAAGAUCUACCCUGGCUGGUGCUACAGAAGUACAACACUUCAUACUUACCUGCAUUAAAUUCCAUUUGCCAUUUUUCCAGCUGGUCCAGAUUCUGCUGCAAGCUGUGAUAGUUUUCCUUGCUGUCCGUUACAUCCCAAUCUUGAUGUCAUCGUAAAUUUGCUGAUCCGUAAGUUAACCACAUUAUCAUUGAUAUAGAUGACAAACACCAACAGACCCAGCACUGAUCCCUACAGCACUCCAGUAAUCAGGCCUCCAGUCAGAGCGGCAGCAUUUACUACCACUCUUUGGCUUCUCCCACAGGCCAAUGUCUAAUGGAAUUUACUAUCUCAUCUUGAAUGCCAAGCAACUGAACCUUUGCUUGUUGGAAGAGAUUCAGUCAUUCAUAGCCUGCAGACACACCAGAAAGUUUACAGUGGGGAUAGGUCAUUUACCUGCUUUGUGUAUGGGAAGCGAUAUAUUAAAUCUUCUAACCUGCAGAAACACUACCGAGUUUACAGUGGGGAGAGACUAUUCUCUUGCUAGGUGGGUGGGAGGGGAUAUACUCAGUCAUCUAGCCUGAAGCUAUAGCAGGGAGUUCAUGCCACAGAAAGACAGUACACCUGUUCUUACUAUGGUUUGGGGGGGGGGCGCGGGUGGAAUUCAUUCAUUUGUCCAACCUGAAGAGACAUCACAAAAUUCACACAGGAGAAAGGCCAUUUGCCUGCUCUUUAUCUGUGGGAAUUUCCUCCAUCACCCUCAGUCAUGAGGCUCUUGAACCAGAGGGGAUAGCUUCACUUGCCCCAUCACUGAACUGUUUCCACAACCUAUGGACUCACUUUCAAGGACUCUUCAUGUCAUGUUCUCAAUAUUUAUUGCUUAUUUGUUUAUUAUUAUUAUUUUCUCUCCUUUUGUAUUUGCAAUUUGAUGUCUUUUGCGCAUUGGUUGAUGUCCGUCUCAUUGGGUGUGGUCUUUUAUUGAUUCUGUUGUGUUUUUUGGAUUUAUGGUGUAUGCCCACAAGAAAAUGAAGUUCAGCUUUAUAGUGACAUACAUAUACUUUGGUAUUAAAUUUACUUUGUACUUUGCAAACACAUCAGAAAAUUCGCUCCGGGGAGAGGCCGUUUGCUUACUCUUAAUGUGUGAGGGAAUUUCCUUGGUUAUCCCAUCUGCAGACACACC